AUGCCUGAGCUCGAGAUCUCAGCCCUCCAGGAUGUGGAAUCGCUCUUCAAAACCUCCAGUGAUGAAACAAAAGCUUGGGAAGCAGCCAUUCCUGGUCUAAACUCUAUUGUCAUAAAAUCGUCUCAAAAUGAUACAUACCGCCGAUCUUUGAGUGGAUCGGAAGGCAUUUGGAGGCUAAUUAGCUCAUGCUUUGAUAUCGCAUAUGUAAAACCCUCGCAUGACCAACCUCCGGUCGUUCGAUAUUGGUAUCUGAGACUUCUGCGAGGUGUUGUGCUUUUGGCUAGAAACUUAUGUAUCGAUUCCCAAGAUUUUCCACAGAGGCUAAUGAUUCAGGACAAAGCGAUGAAAGCUUUCAACAGUUUAGGGGCAACAUUUGCGUUUGAUGAGAUUGAGGUGGCCCUCUAUAAAACGAUACUCGAAUUUAUUAGCAACUUGACCAUGAAAGCAGUUUUAUAUGAACCAAAGAAUAGCAACCUUGUGGCGCAGUUUUUGUGCUACCCUACAAAAGGGCUCGAAGAUGAAAAUCUGUUUGCACCAUAUGCUUUACUUUUGCGCAAUUUGACGGGCCAUACUGAUUUCGUGUUUGACUUUCUCAAAUUGAAAGAGUCAUCCAACGUUCUUUACGACUUUCUUCUGAAGACAAUUGCCUAUCGCUACACUGAGAUUCCUGCUAUUCUCAGAGGUACCUCUCAAGACGAUGUCGAGCUAUCAACCUUGUCAAGUAUCAUACUAUCAGUUUUCCGCAAUAUCUGUUGCCAUGAGUCGUUUUCGCCCUUUUUGAGCGAAUUAGAAGUCUCUAACCCAAAAGCUUUUCUUGAAUAUCUGGCCAUGGCGCAAUUGCUUGCGACAAGUAUUGAGUCGUGGAAUAAAUUCGAAUUAACGACUAUUAUGAGUUGGUGCUUUGUGCAGCUCAAAAGCAUGUGCGAGGAGGUUAAAACCUACUUUGAGCGUAAUGUAGAAGAUGAGUCCCGAGCAAAGUUUCUACACGAUAAAAUGCUGGUUGUACUCGACAUUCUCGCCACGUUGGCUAAGUUCGAGCAUGUACGUAAAUUCCUACUAUCCUACAAUGGCUUGGAGCUCUUAGUUAGCCUACUGCAUGUGUUUCAAACAAAUUUGCUUCGAGUUAAUGUCCUUAAGCAGACUACCAAAAAUUCGUCCAGCUUUAAAAUAACUAAUGGGAGGGGGGAAAAAGUAUGGGAUGAAGCUUUGAUACAGUCACGUCUCGAUCUGACUAAUGGAGCAAUCAAACCAACUAACUUUCCGGAGUGUAAGUCUCUGGUUAUUGAAGUCCUUGGUUUUCUUGUAUAUUCCAAUAAACAAGCUCAGGAUAUGGUGCGUGAUUUACAAGGGCUCGAGGCCGUGCUCAGUAACUGUGUUAUCGAUGAUAAUGACCCCUUCAUCAAAGAACGAAGCAUAAUGUGCAUAAAGCAUCUGCUUCAAGACAAUGACGAAAAUCAGAAAAUUGUAGCACAGUUGGAGUCCAAGACCGCAGUUCAGGACGAAGCAUUGAGUUCGGCUGGGUAUCAGAUCAACGUUGGUGACGAUGGAAAAGUUCAGUUGGCACGCCCACAGGGCUAA